AUGGAUGCUCAUGCUGCACGACUAACUGGUCUCAUCAUAGGCUGGUAUCUUCCUCAGUGCCACGAUUCGUGUCAUCGUCCAGUGUUUUUACGCCCAUCGAGUCUGGAUUGGUGCGUCGCGCUUGGAGGUUGUCAUAAACGGCUUUUAAUUAGUCGCCCAGUCAGCGACAUGAACUGGAAACUCGUGGGCUCGGUCCUAGUGACUACCCUGGGGCAAUAUGCAAUAAUGGUAACAACUGCCAGAACGAGAAGUGCAGCUUCGUUUUUCACUUGCCCUUUUGAAAUCCCAUACGCUGCAGCGAGCGCGAUCUGCGAUGUUAUGAUAUCUGUAUCAUUCUUAUUCUAUCUUCGGCCGGCACGCAGCGGAAUCAAACGCACAAACAAUCACAUGCAAUAGCUCGUCGUCGUUUCUGUGCAGAUGGGCGUAAUCACAUCCCUUGUGGCUAUUGUGUGGUUCCUGCUG